UAAACACGGACACCUGUCGAGCCUCUGCGGAUCUGUUCUGCGACCAGAUUAUAUUUUUAAUGAUUCUCAAAUACUGCUGUAGGUUGUAAGUGCAAAACUUCCCGCCGUACGUAAAGGAAACCUUUUCCGCCUCACCGGAAGUGACGUUCCCUUCUUUCCUCACGAAACACAGACGCGAUUAAGCAGCUAGCAAGUUAGAGCAAUGUCAGGUGUCGAGGAUAUUUCAAAUCAAUAUGUAGACGUCAAAGAGGACACAGAAUUUAAUGUAGAGGCAGAGGACCACCUCGAGGAUGACUUUGUUGUGGACCCGACUCGAUAUAAGUUUUACAGAGACAGAAAGGAGUGGGCAGACCUGGAGCCUGUUCCUCAGGAUGAUGGACCAAAUCCUGUAGUGAAGAUCGCCUACUCUGAAAAGUUCUCUGAUGUUUAUGACUAUUUCCGUGCACUCCUGAAGAAUGAUGAAAGAAGCGAGCGAGCUUUCGCCUUGACAGCAGAUGCCAUUGAGCUAAAUGCGGCAAAUUACACAGUGUGGCACUACAGGCGAGUAUUACUGCAAGCGCUGACAAAAGACCUGAGGGAGGAGAUGAGGUACAUUACUGCCAUCAUUGAGGAGCAACCGAAAAACUACCAAGUCUGGCAUCACAGACGUAUGGUAGUAGAGUGGUUGAACGACCCCUCAGAGGAGCUGGAGUUCAUUGCGGACAUUCUCAGCCAAGAUGCAAAGAACUACCACGCCUGGCAGCACAGACAAUGGGUCAUCCAGGAGUACAAACUGUGGGACAAUGAGCUAGAGUUUGUGGAGAACCUCUUGGAAGAAGACGUGAGGAAUAACUCCUCGUGGAACCAGAGGCAUUUUGUAAUUUCUCACACUACAGGCUUCUCUGAUCCAGCCAUACUGGAGAGGGAGAUUCAGUAUUGUCUGACCCAGAUCAAGAAAGCUCCCCACAAUGAAAGCGCAUGGAACUAUUUGAAAGGGAUGCUGCCAGACAGAGGUCUGUCGUCCCAGCCAGGCCUGCUGGAGAAAGUCCUAGAGCUGAAGGAGACGCAUUGUUCACCUUACCUUCUAGCGUUUCUCUUCGAUUGCUAUGAGGACGCCUUGGAGAACGGCGAUCAAAAAGAAAAUGCGGAGGAACGAAAGGAAACCUUAAGAAGGGCUCUAGAAAUUUGUGAACUCCUGGCGCAGGAGAAGGACACGGUCCGUAAGGAGUACUGGCUGUUUUUGGGACGUUCAUUAAAGAGCAAAUAUGGAACCCGUGAGCCUCUGGCAGAUGACCCUGAACCUUCAGCCCCGACAUCUGGGCAGUAGGACAUGAACUAGACCCCUGGGAGACUUAACACCAUUUCCACUCCUGUCAUGCUUCGUUAAUACCCUCAGCAGAGCCAACUGGCAGAGUCUUAUAUUACUGUAAAUUGCUAUAAUGUACAUCGCUGAAGAAGUUUCUUCAAGUAACCACUAACAAAAGGUCAUUUAGGGAAGACAAGGAGACUGACAUCAAACAGUUACAAUGCAAAUCAUACAUGGAAGUCCUUCUCUCACUAAAAUCUUAUUUACAAAUGUUGCAUAGAAAACUCAGUGUUGUCGAUUAUUUUUUACCUUUGCACACCCUAAUCUAAAGUAAGAACAGGAACCAUGAAACUACACAUUAAGCUGUCGUACAUCAUGAAUUGGAAAUGAUUCAGCCAGUUUAUCAUCACCUUUUGCAUUUUUGUUUAAUCUGGAUAUACCAGUCUGUCUUCUGAAGUUAUGGGUCUGUUUGACAGCAGCCUCUGUGAGUGUGUUUGCAUGCACACUUCAUUCAAUUUAUAGUCUUUGUGAGUGAUUGUAGGUUCACAUCUGAAGUUAUAUAUCUGAUUAGAGAAAGAAAUUCUAUCAGUAGGAGAAUAUGACAUGUAUCUUAUUCCGCAGUGGUAUUUUUAAAUGUAAUUUAUUAGUUGUUUGGUAACCUAAGACAGUUAUACAGCAAUAUUUUGGAACAGACACACAGUAGUGACUAAACUCCAAAUAAGACUUUAAAUGGAGUAUUGUGUGCAUGUAAACCCACUCUUCACAUCUGCUACAUUUUUUGUUUGUUCAAUGGUGUUGGUUGGAGAAUACAUGUAACUGUGUUUUAACGGAGGGAAAAAAGUAUCAUGAAACACAAGAAUAAAACUGUUUGUAGUAAUA